AUGAGACAGUGGAAACGACAGUUUCCCAUCGUCUUCCCACCCGAUUCUACGCAAGUGUACAACAGGCCGUUUGCUGGAGCUGAACUUCAUUACGCCCUUUCGACGGCCAAAGGCAGUUCACCGGGAAUGGACAACGUCAGCUACCACCUAUUAAAACAUCUACCGAUUGAAGGAAAGAGGGUGCUUCUGGACCUGUACAACCAAAUUUGGAACAACGGUAGAAUUCCAACGACGUGGAAAACUGCAUUAGUCAUUCCCAUUCCCAAGAAAACGCAGACGAGGUCUCCCAGCGAUUUCCGCCCAAUUAGUCUACUACCUUGUGUAGGAAAAAUUAUGGAGCGUAUGGUGAAUCGUAGACUGAUGCAGUUCCUGGAAGACGGAACAUAUUUAGACAAUCGGCAGUUUGCUUUUCGGCAGGGUUUUGGUACUAGUGUUUAUCUUGGAUCACUUAGCGACACGAUCUGGCGCGCCAUCGAUUCAGGCCAGCACGUCGACAUUGCCAUCCUGGAUAUUGCAAAGCCGUACAAUGCCGUCUGGCGUGCGGGAGUCCUUCGUCAGCUACGCGAUUGGGGCAUUAAAGGUAGACUUGGACUUUUUCUGCAGGAUUACCUAGCUGACCGCAAGUUCAGAGGCUCAGCGCUUGCUGUUACACUGUUCCUGGUUAGUGUCAACUCCGUGUUCCAUUGUCUACCAAGGGAUGUGUACGUCUUUGUGUAUGCGGAUGAUAUCGUCAUUGCUGUGUCUGGAAGAAGCAUUCGUCUAGUCCGUAGGAAAAUACAAACCGCGGUAAACGCGAAUGGACGCUGGGCUGAAUCAGUCGGUUUCUCAAUUGCUGCAGAGAAGUGCGCGAUAACGCACUGUUGCAACUCACACCAUGUGGCACCUGGUGUUCCGGUGAAACUGGGAAGCGUCAACAUUCCGUUCAGGCGAGAACCCAAGAUACUUGGUGUGACCAUCGACCGGAAAUUCUCCUUCGCACCGCACUUCCGCAGAACUAAACAAGAAUGCGAAAGCCGCCUAAGACUACUACGCACCAUCAGCUCGCGUCAUCCCAGAUGGAACAGGCAUACCGGGCUGAAUAUCAGCAGAGCUCUCAUCAAUAGCCGCAUAUUCUACGGGGUGGAAGCAACGUGCACCAAUAGAAGCGGCUUGAUAAGUGUACUUGCUCCACUCUACAACAGAUCGGUGAGGCUCUGCUCAAAUCUUUUGCCCGGUACCCCAGCAACAGAUGCUUGUGUGGAGGCAGGGGUUCUCCCUUUCCGCUGGAUCGUUGCAGUUACCAUCAUCAAACGUGCUCUCAGUUAUCUUGAAAAAACCACAGGGAACGAUUGUGUGUUGCUCCAGGUGACUAAAGAGAUUUAUCGCAGUUUCGUUGGAACUGAUUUUCCGAAGCUUGCCCGGUUGCACCGCGUGUGCAAACGGCCAUGGUUCGAGAGAAGAAUCAAUAUCGACACCAGCUUGGCAUCAACACUAGGAGCAAACCCCAGCUCUAGCGUGGCAACAGCGAAGUUCGCGGAACUGGUGAACACAAAAUUCCUCCACCACAUGCGAGUGUUCACCGACGGAUCCAAGUGCAACGAUUCAGUCGGCAUUGGAUUCAGCGGCAUCGGAAGGGGCUUAUGUCUUAAAAUGCCGAAAUUGUGCUCGGGUUUUUCGGCGGAAGCGACGGCCAUAGCACAUGCUGUUUGCCGUGUCCCAGCCCAUAUUCCAGUGAUCGUUUUUACCGACUCGCUUUCGGUGCUCUCAGCUCUGGAAGCGGGAAAAUCACGGCACCCAUUCAUUCAGGCAAUAGAAAUAAACUGCACACCGAUGACAACUUUGUGUUGGGUCCCCGGUCACAGCAAUAUUCAUGACAACAAGCGGGCGGACACGCUGGCGGCAGCUGGUAGGUCGGCACAGGCAUUCGCGACGGACACCGUUCCUGCGGCUGACAUCUUCAAAAACUUUAAAAACGAAGCUAUCGUUCACUUUACGCGACACUGGAGAAGCUCCACCGGGUUGUUAAGUAAAGUUAAAGGCGAUUUGACCCGAUGGAACGAUAGGGACAACCGACGGGAACAAAGGGUCCUGAGUACAGCCCGUAAACGUCACAUACGUCGGACUGGAAUAUUUUUAUUGGAAAAAUACGGCUGCGAGGAAAUGCAAGAAGUGCUGCAAGAGCGCUGCCCGUCCCCAAGCCCUGUCAUGAGAGACUUCGUUUCAUACUGA